AACUCAGGAAAGAAGGAUGAAGUCUCUCGGUGUCUAUGUGCUACUAGGCCUCGCAGCCGCAGUCUACUGUGUGCCUGUCUCCAAAGUAACGGUGCAAGAUGAAGGUUUUGCAAAGGGUUACCUGAAGAGAUUCUUCAACCUGACAGAGGAGAAAGACCCGUUGUCUCGGAAAGGAGCCGACCGAAUGAGCAAGAAGCUGAGUGAGAUGCAGAAAUUCUUUGGUCUCCGGAUAACAGGCACUCUGGACGACAACACCCUGGAGAUGAUGAAGAAGCCCCGCUGUGGCGUCGCAGAUGAAAACAUUGCCCAAUAUUCGACUUUUGGAGAUGGCCUCAAGUGGAACAAAAACACCGUCACAUACAGGAUUGUGGACUACACCCCCGACUUGUCUCAGGCAGAGGUGGAUGACUCCAUUCGAAGAGCUCUGGAGGUUUGGGCCAAAGUCACUCCUCUGACGUUCACAAAACUUACCAGUGGCACGGCUGACAUCAUGAUCUCCUUUGCUCGCCUAUCACACGGUGAUAAUUACCCCUUUGACGGGCCUGACGGGACCCUUGCCCACGCCUUCGCUCCUUCUCCUGACAUCGGAGGGGACGCUCACUUUGACGAUGACGAGACCUUCACAUUUCGCUCAAGCACAGGCUACGUCCUCUUCCUGGUCGCUGCCCAUGAGUUCGGCCACUCUCUGGGCUUGUCCCACUCUGAGGAUCGCUCUGCUCUCAUGUACCCUCUGUACUCAUACAAAGACCCAGACACCUUUGUUCUGCCCCAGGAUGAUGUCAGAGGCAUCCAGUCGCUUUAUGGUUCAAAUCCUUCUGGAGACACCACAACAACUACAACAGGUUCAAGUCCUUCUGGAGACACCACCACAACUACAACUCAGGCUCCCACCAUCCCUGAUGUCUGCAGCUCACCUGUGGAGUUUGACGCUGUCACCACCUUGAAAGGAGAAAUGUUUUUCUUCAAGGACAGCUACCUGUGGCAUAGCAGCUCCCAGAGCAGCACACCCCAAAAAAGUCUCAUCUCAAGCUUCUGGCCCAACGCCCCAACAAGCGUAGAUGCUGCUUACGAGAACCCAGGGACUGGCAACGUCUUACUUUUCAAAGGUUCUAAAGUAUGGGCCUUCUCUGGAACCCAGCCGGUACCGGGCUACCCGAAGUCCCUCUCUGAAUUCGGUCUGCCAAGAUUUAUGACGAAAAUCGACGCUGCUUUUCACAGUGCUCGGUCUGGGAAAACCUACCUGUUCUGGGGGGGCUACUUCUACUUGACUUACGAUGAAAGCAGAAGGGCUGUGGAAUCGUUGUCCUGGGUGAGCCAGACGUUUUCUGGAAUAAACAACAAGGUGGCAGCAGCCACCGAGAAAGAAGGUUAUGCUCACAUCUACAGUGGCCCCUACAUGUACAUGUAUGACCUGGGGAACGGGAAGUUGCUACGUGUGCUGAAGAGCACCUACCUUCUUGGCUGUAAUUAGCUUAAGGCGCUUCAUUUUUGUCAUUUCGUAGCUUUUCAUCUUAUCUAAGAAUGUACUUCAUGUAGAGGUGGUGGGAUAAAAUGUAGGCAUACACUCUUCUGAAUUAAAAAAAUAACCAAAAAUAAUAAGAAAUGUCAUCACUUAGUUGGAGCUGUAAACAUUAUUUGUCCAAUGAAAGUGUGAAUAAAGAAUA